AUGUCCUCUUUCUUACGCGCCUUCACCUCAAUUUUUUACACCUGCCCAGAUGCAAACCGGUCCGCUAUGGCGGUCGGGCUAUGCAUUAUCUUUCUCGUGGUACUACCCACUUUCUUCGGCUGCCUCUACUACCACCUCUGUCGUCGGGGUGCCGGCAUUGUGUCCGUUCCAAUCACGGUGGAGCUUGACUCCAGGCCGCAUAGUCACACCAUCAAAGAAACUUCAGGCCUGGUGUCACUGAUUAGCUGCCUGCGUCGUAUAGGUGUCAUUUUUUGUGCCAUUUGCAGCUGUCCCGAGCAGAUGCCUAUGAUCCCCACCGCAAACGGUCUCCAAAAACCGAUCAUACCACUACCAGACUUUUUAUCACGACUCCUCGACAAGCGGUGA